GUUGUCUGGAGAUGUAUUUCAUAGCGCGACACCUUUUGACGAAGGACCCGACUUCCGGUUUGCAUUUCAAGACGCCUGUGGAUGCACUUGUCUUCGCUACAAAUACCAAGUCCAGUUUUUUAUUCCAUGUAUUCAUGGUGCUGGUUGUGUGCGUUUUCCCCACGUUUUAAUUUCAACCACGGUCAUGUUAGUUAGUUUUGAAAAAGGACAUCGCUGUUAAUCAUGCACUACUACUGUAGCUAAUUCCCUCGGAUGAAUUUCAAUAACCAUAAGCCUACCCGCCUACCAGGGAGGCAAUCGUCUCCACACCGAAAAUAAGAAAAUAAUUCAGUCCUACAGAGUUUACAGUGAGUUUACAGGUCACGAAUGACAACAUUUCUGUUAAACAAAUCAGCUACACUGUAACCCCGUGAUGUCAGUGCUUGUAGGCAGCCUUGGCGAACGCCUGACGAAAUUUUGUUUGGUUUGUCAAUGAGUGUUUCCCUUGCCUCUCCGUGUUGCAUGCCCUUCACUCUCUGGAUAUCUGGGCUCUUAUCAUUUCCGAAUCGCGGAUUUUCACUUCGGGAUUAAAGUCACCGCCUGCUGCCUCGCUCGCAGCUCGUGACAUCUAAGACAAGACCGCGAGGGAUUCGUUCGGGUGGCUCUCGUGCAGAGGACAUCUGGACAACUUUGUGCACGAGAUGGAAUGCAGAGUGUUGUCGAUCCAGAGUCACGUCGUGAGGGGGUACGUCGGGAACAAAUCGGCUUCAUUUCCACUACAGGUUUUGGGCUUUGAGGUGGACUCCAUCAACUCAGUACAGUUUUCAAACCACACAGGUUAUUCCCAUUGGAAGGGCCAGGUGCUGACAGCAGAUGAGCUCCACGUGCUUUAUGAAGGAAUCAAGCUCAACAAUGUCAACCACUACGACUACGUACUCACAGGCUACACCAGAGACACCUCGUUUCUGGAGAUGGUGGUGGACAUCGUACAGGAGCUGAAGAGGGCCAAUCCCAACCUCGUCUACGUGUGUGAUCCUGUUCUUGGAGAUCACGGCUCCAUGUAUGUUCCCCAGAACCUGCAUCCUGUCUACAAGAACAAGGUGGUCCCUGUAGCCGACAUCAUCACCCCCAACCAGUUCGAGGCCGAGUUGUUAACUGGGAAGAACAUUAGCACAGAGAAGGAUGCAGUGGAGGUGAUGGAUCUUCUGCAUCAGAUGGGUCCAGACACGGUGGUGAUCACCAGCUCAGACCUGCCCUCACGACUCGGGGAUCGCUUCCUGGUCUCACUCGGGAGCCAGAGGAUCGUGAUGCCGGACGGCUCUCGUAAGACGCAGCGUAUCCGGCUGGAGGUGCACAAGGUGGACGCCGUCUUCGUGGGCACCGGAGACCUCUUCGCCGCCAUGCUGCUCGCAUGGACACACCACUACCCCACCGACCUGAAGGUGCUAUGGACAUACUAUUCCGGAGAGGCGCGAGGUGUUGUGCAUCCUCCCAGCCCUCGCACGCAGCACCUGAACAGAACGCAGCGGCCCGCUAGUUCACCUCAAGCGCCCCCUGGUGUCAGCGCGGAGGAGUGGCAGAAGGUAUGA